UUCCUAUAAUACUAUGCGGCAGGAGAAAAGAGGAUGUAAGUCGCAAAACCCUAAUCCCCAAACCCCACCAACAAUGGCGGACGUCAAAGCAGUCGACGAAGGUAGUCAAUUCCCUGAAAAACGCAAGCUCGAUCUCCCAAAUCCGGUCAACAAUGCUCUAGAAGAGGAGAAGAUUGACGCCGAUUCCAACAAGAGGCAGAAAAUAGAAAUCCCGUCCGGAAUUGCGGCGGAGUCGGAAGGACGUCUAAACAACAGCGCGGCUGCGGAAGAAGAAGAUGGGGAAGAAGAUGAAGAUGAAGAAGACUACAAUGCUGAGCAGGACGAAGAUGGAGAUGAGGAAACCGAAAAUGUGGAUAGAAAGGGGAAAGGGAUAAUGACAGACCCCAAAGGAAAAGGGAAGAUGGUUGAGGAAUCUGAGGAUGAUGAUUCAGAAGGCGAUGAUGAUGAUGAUGACGACUCGAGUGAUGAUUCUGACAGUGAUUUCUCCGAUGGACUUGAUGAAAGUGAUAUGGAGGAUGAUCCCCUCGCUGAAGUUGAUUUGGGCAACAUUUUGCCCUCCAGGACUAGGCAGAAACAUGUGCAGCCUGGCGUCCGAAUUAUCAGUGAUCCCGAAAAGGGUAACGAUGCUUAAUUGUAAACUUCUUGAGGUUAGGUGAAACAUUUAGCGGAAACUGUGUAGCUUUAAUUUUGACUUGGUACUACUAUAUGAAUUUCAUUAAGUUUGGCCAAGGAAACCCGUGUUGUAGUUUUGUAAUGCAGUGAGAUAUUUUUUUGAUCAGUUAAUGGGAUUUCCCUUUUAUUGUGACUGAGAUAUGGUGAUCAUGGGAUAAUAUGAUUUCCUAGGUGAUAUUGCUUCGUACUAAAAGAAAAUUGCUCCUUUCUUUA